CUAUUUAAAGGGGAAGGCCUGUAAACAUGGCACGCGCUUUGGCCAGACGGGAAUCCGCGGACUGGGAGAUGGACAGGUCCGGAGAACAGGGCAAAACUUUCGUCCACACGAAGAAAAGGGGCUAUGACAUCACCCGCAACCCCCACCUGAACAAGGGCAUGGCGUUCUCCCUGGAGGAGCGUCUGCAGUUGGGAAUUCAUGGUCUCCUGCCCCCCGCCUUCCUCAGCCAGGACGUCCAGCUACUGCGGGUUCUCCGCAACUACGAGCUCAAGAAGGACGAUCUGGACAGAUACGUCUUCCUCAUGGGUCUUCAGGACCGUAAUGAGAAGCUCUUUUACCGAGUGCUGACUUCAGACAUCGAGCGCUUCAUGCCUAUUGUAUACACACCCACUGUAGGCCUGGCCUGCCAGCACUACGGCUUAACCUUCAGGAGACCGAGGGGUCUUUUCAUCACCAUCCAUGACCGCCAUCACAUCUCCACUCUUCUGCAGAGCUGGCCGGAGAAAGACAUCCGAGCGGUGGUGGUGACGGACGGUGAGAGGAUUCUGGGACUGGGUGAUCUGGGCUGUUAUGGCAUGGGCAUCCCUGUGGGUAAACUGGCACUGUACACAGCCUGUGGGGGGGUGCCCCCUCAACACUGCCUGCCAGUCAUGCUGGACGUGGGCACGGAUAAUGAGGAGCUUCUGAAGGAUCCUCUGUACAUUGGUUUGAGGCACAGGCGGGUUCGAGGCUCUGCUUAUGAUGAGCUGGUGGAGGAAUUUAUGAAGGCUGUUACUGACAGGUAUGGGAUGGACUGUCUGAUCCAGUUUGAGGAUUUCGCCAAUGUCAACGCUUUCCGUCUGCUAACCAAAUACCGCAAUAAAUAUCUCACCUUCAAUGAUGAUAUUCAAGGUACAGCUUCGGUAGCUGUGGCCGGCCUGCUGGCUGCUCUUCGCGUUACCAAGAGCAAGAUGUUGGAUCACACCAUCGUGUUCCAGGGUGCGGGGGAGGCUGCUAUGGGAAUAGCUGAGCUGAUUGCCAUGGCCAUGGAAAAGGAAGGACUCUCGCAUGCUGAGUGUUUGAAGAAGAUCUGGAUGGUGGACUCUAAAGGACUGAUCGUUAAGGGUCGUGAUCACCUGACAGCCGAGAAAGAGAGGUUUGCCCACCAGCACAGUCAAAUGAGGAAGCUGGAGGACGUGGUUCGGGAGCUGAAGCCCACUGCCAUCAUUGGGGUGGCGGCGGUUGCAGGUGCGUUCACAGAGCGGAUCAUCAGAGACAUGGCCGAAUUCAACCAGCGGCCAAUCAUCUUCGCCCUCAGCAACCCCACCAGCAAGGCCGAGUGCACUGCAGAGCAGUGCUACACAUUAACCGAGGGUAGGGGUAUAUUUGCCAGUGGCAGUCCAUUUGACCCUGUGACGCUGGCAGAUGGACGGAGGUUUUAUCCCGGGCAGGGCAACAACGCCUACGUUUUCCCUGGAGUGGGGCUGGGGGUCACAGCCUGCGCCAUGAGGAACAUCUCUGAGGACAUAUUCCUCAUUACUGCAGAGACAAUUGCUCAGAUGGUGACGGAGAAGGAUCUGGCUGAAGGCAGAUUGUACCCUCCUCUCCCCAGCAUUCAACACGUUUCCUUCAAAAUAGCAGUAAAGAUCGUGGAGUACGCAUACCAGCACAAGAUAGCAACUCAUUUCCCGGAACCCGCCGAUAAGGAGGCGUUCGUCCGCUCGCUCAUCUUCAACACAAACUACGACAACUUCACUGUGGAUUCGUACGGCUGGCCGGAUGAGGCCAUGUCAGUUCAGAACUGCAAACUGUGACCAAAUUUCACAGAGUACACAGGUAUAUUAUAGAUAAUAUAUUGCAAGAAAUUAAAAUAUAUAUAUCUGUUUGAAACGCACAGGAGUGUUUUUACCGAAUGUAUUUGUUAGCUGUCAACCAAAGAGACGCACAUGAGCACUGAAUAAAGACACUUUUACCAAAAAACUGUCAAAA